AUGAGCCGUGUGACCGAGCCUAUCGUCACCGAUAUGGCCCAGGUGCAUGAGCGCAAGCGGAUCAUGAUGGGGGUGGUCGAGGCGGAGCUCAAAUGGCUCAAGAACGAGGACGACGCCUACACAACCAUGGUGAAGGAGAAGGAGGACCUCAAGACGGAAAACACCCAGUUGACGGAACGGUUGACCAUGAUAGAAGCCCAAGUGCGCCAGUGGGAUCCCAAUCUGCUCUCCGAGAAGAAACCCACCAAGCAUUCCAAGGCAACGGAGAAGAAAGGGGGGGGUGAGGACAAUGAGGAUGAUGAGGAUGACUCGUCCGUGAAGUCCCAGCAGUGGCCGACGGCACAGCUCAAUCGCGUGGAAUGGGCUUCCUUUUCUGCCCCUUAUCAUCAAGUGAAGGAGACCUUCGCCAUCGAUGUGUUGGAAGGGGAACCGGUCAUUAGCUUCAUGUCCUAUUACCGCCCCUGGUGGACCAUGAAGAAGAGCGUCUCGGAGGAGACAAAGGCCCCUGCAGCCAAGAAGAGACUUGCCCCACCUGGCCAGGGGCCCAUGCCCGAACGCAUUCGCAUCAAUUCCCGGCAGAUCCUCAAGAUUCUUCAGAAGCUGGAACCGGAUAACUUCACUGACGAGGACGAAUCCCUGAUUAUGAUUCGGCCGUUCAAGGCCCUGGUGUUCUUUGAAGAUCAGCUCCGCCAGAUCCAUCAGGUGCUUCUGGAGAAGCAUCGAGGGGCACAGUCGAAGUCGCCCGAGGCGAAAAAGGACGAGGAGACAGCAGGCUCAGGGGAGAAAGAAGCUCGCCCCAGCUCUCCAACCACCGCAGACCGACCGGAAGAAAACCGGGAAGGCGAGGAAAACCAGGGCAACCCCGUGAGCGAGGUACUGAAAGACGAGUUCACCUCUUCAGAAACCGCACUCGAGCAACUGCAGGUGUUGAUUAAUUUUCUUGACUUGGAUGUGAAAGCCAAGAUGGACUACGUCCGCAGCGAGCAAUGCCACCGGGUCUCCUUUGCUGAUGUCUGGUAUCUUUUUCGACCCGGGGAUGAGGUUGUCGACCAGGUAGGGAAGCAGGCAUAUCGGGUCAUCGGCGUCACCAGCUCGCCGCAUAAAGUGAUGUCUCCCUACCGAAACUGGGAAACAUCCAGCAAAGAUGAGCCCACUGUGAUGCUGCAAUGCGUUCAUAUCGACUUUGACGGUAAAUAUCUCGGGCCGGUGCUGCAAACGUUCCGGAUCGCACGGUUCGACGGCGAGAAGGCCAUCACCUCGCUUCGCGUCUUCCCUAUCCGCCUGGCGGGCACGAGAGCGGGCGACCUGACGAGCAUCGUGGAUGUUCGCCAAAAGCUCAUCGCCCGUGGCAAGAUGUUCAUUGAUGUCUUGGCCAAGAAGCACAUGCACUACAGUGGACUGACGCUGGAGACUCGCGAUGAAGUGGACGGCCAAGUGGUGAUUGACUUCGAGAAGGCCUUUGAGAGCGAAGACAAAUCCAAGCAGCCCGCCGAACUUGGCGACAAUAACGGCGGGGAUGGUGGAGAGGAAGAGCUGGAGAAGGUGUGGCGGCCAAAGAUCCGCAGUCUGAUCAGCAUCGAGGUCCCUGAUAAUCCGGCAUCCGACUGCACGGCCGCGUGCUGCGCCAGAGAACGCGUCCACAAAGACCUCUACGCCGAGCAGAAGCGGAACGAACACUAUCGCAACAGCCUCAUUCCGGAGGAGCUAUCCCAGCAGCCCUCUGCUGCCAUUUACCCUCGGUUGAAGAAUUCCCGAGCCUCCGACGACGCCCUUUCAGAUGAUGAUUUUGUGAUCAUGAGUUAUCGAGUGUUCGGCUUCAGUCUGCGAAGUCGCAAAUGGGAAAAGCUUGACCUCACCCAUCUCAGCUAUAUUCGAGGCAUCCGGGAAGGCCACAAGAAGAUGCUCUUGUCUUUGGUCGCACAACAUUACCGUGACAAGGAGUCACCCACCGCUGCGAAUGAGCAAGUGGAUAUUGUGCGCGGAAAAGGCAAGGGACUGAUUAUUCUACUCCACGGCGCUCCCGGGGUGGGUAAGACCACCACGGCAGGUGACUUGGGCACCACGGCCGAGAGCGUCGAGCAUGCUCUCGAAACAAACUUCGCCUUGGCUCAUCGAUGGGGCUGUAUCCUCUUGCUGGAUGAAGCUGACGUGUUCCUGGCGAAGAGAACGCCCCAGGAUUUCAAGCGGAAUGGCUUGGUGUCCGUCUUUCUGCGGGUGCUUGAAUACUAUGCCGGAAUUCUCUUCCUCACGACAAACCGUAUUGGCGACUUCGACGAGGCGUUUGGAUCCCGCAUCCAUAUCAGUCUUCACUACCCCCAGUUGACGCUCCCAGCCACGAGAGAGAUUUUCUUGCUGAACAUGAGGCUCAUCCAGCAGCGAUUCACGGAAAAGAAGCGAAACAUUACGGUCGAUCGGGACGCCAUCCUGGCGAUGGUGGAGAAGUAUUGGAAGACGCACAAGAAGAUGCGCUGGAACGGCCGACAGAUCCGCAAUGCGUGUCAGACAGCUUUGGCCCUGGCGGAAUUUGAGGCUGGAGGCGGCAGUCAUGAGAAGAUCAUUGAUCCGACCGCAGAGGUCAGACUUAGCGUCACGCAUCUCGAGACAGUAUCCAAGGCCUAUCUUGAGUUCAUGCAGUAUCUGAGGAAGCUCUACAAGGUGGAUCAAGACCGCUUGGCGCAGCGACGGGGUGUCCGGGCGAGGGAGCUGGAUGACAAGAAAAUG